GGGACCCCGCGUGGGCUUCCCCCCUCGGAAAGGAGGAAGCUGCUGGGCGCUCCCGUGUUACCUCCUGGCACCGAGGGAUUGAAGUGUAUGUUCUGGCUGGUGAAUUUGUGCCUGGUCGGACCUCGAGAUAACGCUUUUAUUGUGCCGGAUUGCGCGAAGCGCGUGUUUCCAGGGAGACGAGAGCAGAGGCGCGCCUGCUGGGUGCUGCUGCGCCUACUUGCACGGAGGAGGUGGCACCCAGCUGGGUGGGAGAGUGGCAUCGCUGUGGGCAUUGUGGGGCUGUGACAAAAGUCAAAGGAAAGAGAAUAAAAAGUCUGUGUGAGCAGAAGAGAUGCUUGCUUACUGUGGGCGAGGGAGCUCUGGCGCGGGCUGCCCAGGGGCUGUGGAGUCUUCUCGGCGGUUUCUGGAAGCCUGGGCAGCCCUGCUCUGUGUGUCCCUGCUGCAGCAGGGGCAGGAAUCACGGGUUGGCAGGUGGUCCCUCGGGUCCUGCCGACCUCAACAACGCCGUGUUUCUGAGAAUCCUAUUUUUUUAGGCUUCCUGCUCUCAUAGAGAGCAACAUAGGGUGGUUGUGCCUUAAAAGCUCAUAUGGGAGGUUGUGCCAUUGUUGUUUGCUCUAUCAUUGUAAAGUAAGGCCAGAAUUAUUAAGAAAAUCUAUGAAGGGGAAAGUACUUCUGUUUAUCCAGGCAUUACAUUCUUGAAAAUAGAUCUUAAGCUGUAAAACACAAAGUAGCUUUCGAUAAAUAUUCUGAGCAAUUCAGCUUUAAAUGCAGCUUCCACCUGUAUUGAGGAUACUUGGAGAUUAGUGUACUGGAUAUAUUUAUGGGCCUUUGCUUAACUUCUUAACCCUCCCAAAAAAAGAUUAGGUUUGAAAUGCACGGCACUGUGUAAAACGGAUUACUGAAAUUACUAGAGUCUUUUUUUUUUUUGGCCUGACACCUUUGGGAGCUGAUCUUCCUAUCUUCCUUGCUUGCGGGAAAGAUGUCUCCUGAGGCCCAGAGGAUUCUGAGUCGGUGAAACUUCAGCACCAGCUGUGCAGUGACAGACGGGACAAAGUUGAUGUGGAUAACACUUUAUAACAGACCGCUCAACCUUCAGACAAUCUCCUAUACUGGUGGCAUCUGGAGCAGCCCUGUGAAAUACAGUCACAAUGCCUAAAAAUGAAAAGCCAGCCACCAAUGAAGGAAAUGAUGCCAGUGAGGUCGACAAUGAAGAAGACAGUGCAGCCGAGAAUCAAGAAAAUGACAGAGGAGCAGAUAAAGAGAGGAAGAGAGCAAAACCAAGAACCAGAAGGGGACAUGGAAGAGGAAGAGCCAGGCAUGGUGGUGAGGAGGAUGGAGAUGAUGAAGAUGGAACAAGGAGAGCUGGGCAACGCAGGCAAAGAAACCGGAGAGGACGGAGCCGAGCAGGUGGAAAUGAGGGCAGUGAUUCUGAGGGGGAUCCUACAAAAGCCAGGAAGAACCAGGCAAAUCAAAAAUCAAAGGAAGAUGGUGAAGAAGAGGAAGAUGAAAAAGGGGGUAAGAGUGGGAAAGGCAAAAAUGAGAAGAAACAGGACAAAAAGGCUGAUAAGAAAGGGAAGAAAGAAAAGGCCAACAAGAAGAAAAAGGACAAAAAGAAAUCAGGAUCUGGCUCUGAUUCUGACUCUGAGGAGGAGCCGAUUACUGAGGAGGAAUUGGCCAAACUGAAAGAAGAGGUAGAAGAAAAAAAGAAGCUAAUCGCCACAUUACGAAACAAGCCAUGGAAGAUGAAAAAGAAGUUGUCAGUUCUAAAAGAAGCACAGCUUUUUGUUGAAAAAUUUGAAGGUGCUCUUGGAAAAGGAAAGGGAAAAAAGUUCUAUGCGUACAAAGUGAUGAUGACCAAGAAAUGGAUGAAAUUCCAAAGAGAUUUUGAGAAUUUUAAGACAGCCUGCAUACCCUGGGAAAUGAAAAUUAAAGAGAUUGAAAGUCACUUUGGGUCAUCGGUAGCAUCUUAUUUCAUAUUCUUACGCUGGAUGUAUGGAAUAAACAUGAUUCUCUUUGGUCUGACGUUUGGACUUGUAAUGGUGCCUGAGGCAUUGAUGGGAAAGCCAUAUGGCUCUUUACCUAGAAAAACUGUUCCAAGAGCUGAAGAAGCUACAGCUAUGAACUUUGCUACCCUUUGGGAUUUUAGUGGCUUUGCACAGUAUUCUGUGCUUUUUUACGGUUAUUACAAUAAUCAGAGGACAAUUGGAUGGCUCAAGUUCAGGAUGCCUCUUUCCUAUUUCCUUGUUGGCGUUGGGACUAUUGGCUACAGCUUUAUGAUUGUCAUUCGAACAAUGGCAAGGAAUGCAAAUGAUGAUGGUGGUGGGGAUGAUACUAGCUUUAAUUUCAGCUGGAAAAUGUUCACAAGCUGGGACUACCUGAUUGGCAAUCCUGAGACAGCAGAUAAUAAGUUUGCUUCCAUCACUACCAGCUUUAAGGAAGCUAUCGUGGAGGAGCAGGAGAGCCGUAAGGAGGAAAAUAUUCACUUGACUCGGUUCCUGAGGGUGCUUGCUAACUUCUUAGCCAUGUGCACACUUGCUGGGAGUGGCUACCUCAUAUUUUUUGUUGUGAGAAGAUCCCAGAAAUUUGCCCUGGAAGGUCUGGAGAACUACGGGUGGUGGGAAAGAAAUGAAGUAAACAUGGUCAUGUCACUUUUGGGAAUGUUCUGUCCAACCUUAUUUGAUGUAAUCAGUUCUCUGGAAAACUACCACCCUCGAAUAGCUCUAAGAUGGCAGCUUGGACGCAUAUUUGCUCUUUUUCUUGGCAAUCUCUACACUUUCAUUAUUGCCCUAAUGGAUGAAAUCAAUCUCAAGUUGGAAGAAGAAAAGAUAGUCAAGUAUAACAUGACAAUAUGGGAAGCCAGUCUGUACAAUGGCACUAUUCCAGAAAAUUCAACUGCUCCUCCAAUACAGGUGGACCCUGCAGACGUUCCUAGAGGACCAUGUUGGGAAACAAUGGUAGGCCAGGAGUUUGUACGGCUGACAGUCUCUGACACGAUGACAACAUACAUCACAAUUCUAAUUGGUGAUUUCUUGAGAGCUGUCUUUGUUAGGUUUUUCAAUUACUGCUGGUGCUGGGACUUGGAAUAUGGAUUUCCAUCAUAUUCAGAAUUUGAUAUAAGUGGGAAUGUGCUUGGACUGAUAUUUAAUCAAGGCAUGAUCUGGAUGGGAUCUUUUUAUGCUCCAUGUCUCCCAGCAAUCAAUGUGUUCCGACUCCAUACUUCAAUGUACCUGCAGUGCUGGGCAGUGAUGUGCUGCAAUGUUCCCCAGGAGAGAGUCUUCAAAGCCUCCAGAUCAAACAACUUCUACAUGGCCAUGUUGCUUUUCAUUCUCUUUCUUUCUACACUGCCUGCUGUGUACACCAUUGUCUCCAUUCCACCAUCUUUUGACUGUGGCCCUUUCAGUGGGAAAACAAGAAUGUUUGAAGUCAUAUCAGAAACUCUGGAGCAUGACUUCCCUUCUUGGUUUGGGAAGGUAUUUGGUUAUGCCUCUAACCCUGGACUCAUCCUACCUUUUAUAUUACUGAUGGUCCUGAGUAUUUAUUAUCUUAAUGCUACAUCCAAGUCCUACAAGGAAGCUAACCUGGAACUUAAAAAGAAACUACAAAGUCAAGCAGAAGAAAAUAAAAGAAGAAAUAAACAAAAGGCGCAAAAAUCAAAUGAACAAGAGGAAAAUCCAUUUGAGACAGAGCCACCACAGUCAAAGCAAAAAGAAGGCAAGCAAGAUGAAUCUGCUGCAAAUCAAGAUAACAAGAAAGAACAGAGUGGCAAUGAAGCAAAAAAAACAGGUCAGCAACAGGAAGGAAGUUCCUCUCAGGCACCACAGCAUCCAGGCACUGCCCCGAAUGGCCACAAUCCACCACAGGGCAGAGGAAACUUUCUUCCCCCACCCAUCGCUGUGACUCGGCCACCAGGGCCACGAGGGUAUGCAGCACCAGGCUAUCUACCUGGGCACCCACGCUUUCCAGGGGUACAGCCAGGAAUGCCCAGGGGACCUCCCCACUACAGAUAAGGAAGCUGUCUGUCCUUUUCUGGUAUGUUAUAAGAUACAGGACACCAAGGGAGACAGGAGUGAUCUUGACUUGCAAAAAUACUCCUUGAAGUACAGAACUCUGUUCUGUUUAUUAUAAAUCUUCAUCUGCAUAUUCAUGUGCUUCAUUUUUUUGUGGGAUGGAACUUUCCAGCAGAAAAAAAAAUGCAUCUGUCUACUUGCUUUUAAAGAUAUUGCAAAAAAUGUGUUAGCUGUGUCAAAAUGUCACAAAACUUAAGGUAUGUAUUGGAAAAUAUUAUUGGGAAAAUAAAAAAUAUUUUGUAUUUUGUUGGUUGUUUUCUUAAAAGCUUGCAAGAGCGUCUCUGAUACCAUUUUCUUUUCCUCAAACAUGUUUGCUGAGAACAUAACUUCUUAAUGUAUUGGAGUCAGCUAUAUUUAAAAACUGCGUGUGGCUUGACCUCUGCAAUUGAGUUAUGCUUACUCAAAGAGUUCUGAUUUUGCAUGAUGAAACUCUGAUCGUUUCAGAAGUUUGGUUAUUGUCUCUAAAGACUUUGGGAAAUUAUUCCAGAGGUAAAAGAAAAGCAAUAUUUUGCUAUGAAUAAAAUUUAACUCCUAUUGCAGUACCACUUUUAGCUAAUACAGCAAUAAUGAGUUUUAUCAUAUUCUGAAAGACUAAAUAUGAAUUAAAAUAAUAAAGUGGUGAAGAAGUAUUUCCUAUGCACAUAUAUGCAAAUAUGAAUUUGAGGAAUAUAGGUAAGACUGUUACUCCAUAUUUUUCUCCUGAUACUUACCAGGAUUUUGUUAUUGCACAGAGACAUUUAUUACUGUAUAAGAAUAUAUGCUAUCGAUCUGAUCAGUGAAUUUAUUAGUGUAAAUGUGUAUUGACAUCUAGAUCCUUAGUGUGAUGAGGUGGUAAAAACACAGGAUAGAUGCAUGUUCAUUUGUAAACUGAUGUUGCUUAUUCCAAAGAGACAGUCGUAUUUUUAUGUUCUGAUUUUAUUAAGCUGUCCAGACUUUGGGCUUUGAUACUUAUUUUAAUACUCAGAAGAUAAAUGACAACUCUACAGUCAAUAGACUGUCUUCUGAAAAAUAAAUGCAAUUCUACUGGGGAUUUUCGGUAUAAAAUGGGUCCAUUUUGUACCAUAGAAAAAAGUUUAUCAGAAUACCAUAAGUCUGUGGUAUCCACCCCCCUCAUCCCCUCCACCCCAAAAGAAAAAGAAAAAAAAAAAGUCAAUUUAAUCAGAUUGUGGAACCUAUCAAAAAAAGAUUUACAUAAAACUAUAGGGUCUGCAUAUCGCCAUAAAACAUGGUCAGCCAAAUGCACAUUCCAGCUCAAGCAGUCUAUAAAUCAAUUGCCAGAAGCUAGAAGGAUAAACUAAAAAAAAGUUCAUUCUAUACUUAAUUCUUGCACUGAUUCUGUAAGCAUCUGUUAUCAGCUAGUGAUAGGACAUUAGAUCAAUCAGAUCUUUAGCCAGCGUCAGCAUGGCUGCCUUGUGUACAAACACAAAACAGUGCUAAUUGAAUCAAGAGAUAACUGCAUUGCAGUAAGCACAUGAGAAGGUCUUUCCUAGAAGACAAACUGGAAUUGCAUUGCUACUAACUGAGUGGAUAAAUGGGUUAAGAGUGGAUCCUAAGGAAGGUAUGCAUCUGGGCUACAGUGAUUCUGGUAAUUUAAAUUACAUAAAGUACAGCAUUUCAUUUCAUCUUUGGAAGACAAGAUUUUUAAUCUAUUUUCAGAAAGUAUAGAAAUUCAAAGUUUUAAAAAUGUGAAAUAUUCAAAUAUUAAAUCUGAACACACUUUCAGUCCAGAAAUACAUUAGAUUGUAAGCUAAAAGUAAGCCUCAGUACUCUAGGGUUUUGUCUCAGCCAUGGGUUUAAAACGAGCUUUUUCAAAAAACAAGGAAAUGUUUGUCAUGAGAUAUUAGUUUGAGAAUUUUACACCUGCCACUGCCAUUCAUAUAAGAAAACACUGAGUUUUCCCUAGAAAAAAGAAGAUGCUAUCUGCAAUUAAGGCCAUGCAUUACAUCCUUUUUUUAGAAAAGGUGGAGAAUUUUAAAUAUUCUUUGUGAUAUGGUGAUCCAUUCAAAGGAGAAAAGAUAGAAUAGGUUUUCAAGGUUGCUGAAAUAAGAGUAAUAAACUUGUUAUGAAGCAGGCUGGUUCCAUGAAACACACAGGCCUUAAUAAGGAUGUCUAGUUCCUUCAGGAGUGAAAAAUUUCUGCAUGUCUUUUGCUUAGUCUUUAAGUCUGUGGAAUUGUUUUGCAUCAUGAAUGGAAAAAAGAGAGUCCACAUGCUAAAAUUGUUCUGUUACAGUGAUACAUAUUUUCAACAAUAUUUUCAACAACAGUCUUCUCAGUGUGCAUCUGAAAAGGCAGGGAUUACAGUGAAAUAGCUAACAUGAAUAGCAGUAACAAGGAUGGAUGUUUCUUAUGUCUUGUGAUCAGCAUCAAGAUGCAGUGACAGUAAAUAAAAUAUUUAUUCUUGUUCCUUAAUGUACCUAAAUGAAGACCUUUACUCACUGUUUUAUGAAGCUUUUCUUUCAGUGUUUUCUAGCUUAGUUCUAUUUAGUUGAUUGACAUCUUAUUAAUAAAAUAAGAUGGAUUUAACAGACAAGAUGUGGUAUUAUACCUUUCAAUAUUCAAUAUUAAAUCCACAUUUAGGAAAAAUGUUGGUUUUUUUUUUAAAAGUAACCUGAAAGUGUUUUAAAGUUCAUUUAAAGUUCAUUAAAUCCUUUCUCCAACCCUUCUAUAUUUUGAGUCUUUGAUUCAAUUA